AUGCAGCCAGCUCAGGGUCCGGUUUCCUUUGAGGAGGUGGCUGUGCGGUUCACCAAGGCUGAGUGGGCGCUGCUGAAUCCCGACCAGAGAGCUUUGUAUAGGGAAGUCAUGGUGGAGAAUUACGAGAACGUGGCCUCUCUGGGCAGUGGAAGAGCUUCAGAGCCAGGUUCCAGAUCAUCUCUUCUUUGGAGCAGAGUGGAAACACUUAAGAUGCAGCCAGCUCAGUGUCCGGUUUCCUUUGAGGAGGUGGCUGUGCGCUUCACCAAGGCUGAGUGGGCGCUGCUGAAUCCCGACCAGAGAGCUUUGUAUAGGGAAGUCAUGGUGGAGAAUUAUGAGAACGUGGCCUCUUUGGCAAUUCCCAAGCCUGGCCUCAUCUCCUGGCUUCAGGAAAGGGAAGCACCAUUUCCUCCAGACUCUGAAGAUGAGGAGCAGUCGGCAGGCCAAAAACCAUGCCGAAGCUCAGAGUGCAGGAAAAGGUUCAGGGGUAACACAACAUCUACUUUGCAUCAGGAAAUCCAUUCAGAGGAAAAACAAUAUAAAUGCUUGGAAUGUGGAAAGCUCUUCUGCCGGCGAGCACACUUCACUGAGCAUCAGAGAAUCCACACAAAAGAGAAACCAUAUAAAUGCUUGGAGUGUGGAAAGAACUUCACUCACAAACGAGGACUCACUUCCCAUCAGAGAAUCCACACAAAAGAGAAGCCAUAUGUGUGCUUGAAGUGUGGGAAAACCUUCCGUUGGAAGCCAGCCCUCACUUACCAUCAGAGAAUCCACACAAAGGAGAAGCCAUAUGUGUGCUUGAAAUGUGGGAAAACCUUCCGUUCGAGCUCAUGCCUCACUUCACAUAUGAGUAGCCACACAAAGGAGAAGCCGUAUGUGUGUUUGAAGUGUGGGAAAACCUUCCGUUUGAGUUUAUCCCUCACUUCACAUCUGAGAAUCCACUCAGGGGAGAAACCGUACCAGUGCACAGUAUGUGGGAAAUGCUUUAGUCAGAGAGCACACCUUACUUCCCAUCGAAGAAUCCAUUCUGGAGAGAAACCCUAUCAAUGCCAGGAGUGUGGAAAAGGCUUCAGUCAGAGCUCACACCUGACUAUACACCAAAGAAUCCACACGGGAGAGAAGCCCUAUAAAUGCUUGGAAUGUGGAAAGAGUUUCACUUCUAGCCAUCAUCUUAAAUCACAUGAAAAAAUCCACACUGGGGUGCAGCCAUAUAAAUGCCUGGAUUGUGGGAAAAGUUUCAGUCACAGCUCAAGCCUUAAGCUACAUGAAAGAGUCCACACAGGGGAGAAGCCGUAUAAAUGCAUGGAAUGUGGGAGAAGCUUCAGUGGCAGCUCAGCCCUUACUAUACAUCAAAGAGUCCACACAGGGGAGAAGCCAUAUAAAUGCAUGGAAUGUGGGAGAAGCUUCAGUUGCAACUCAACCCUUAAUCUACAUCAAAGAGUCCACAAAGGAGAGAAGCUGUAUAAAUGCAUGGAAUGUGGAAAGAGUUUCACUUCUAGCCAGUACCUUAAACAACACAAAAGAAUCCACACAGGGGAGCAGCCGUAUAAAUGCCUGGAUUGUGGGAAAAGUUUCAAUCAGAGAUCAAGCCUUAAUCUACAUCAAAGAAUCCACACAGGGCAGAAGCCACAUAAAUGCAUGGAAUGUGGGAGAAGCUUCAUUCAGUGCUCAAAACUUAAGCAACAUCAAAGAGUCCACACAGGGGAGAAGCCAUUUAAAUGCAUGCAAUGUGGAAAGAGUUUCACUUCUAGCCACUACCUUAAACAACACAAAAUAAUCCACACAGGGCAGAAGCCACAUAAAUGCAUGGAAUGUGGGAGAAGCUUCAUUCAGUGCUCAAAACUUAAGCAACAUCAAAGAGUCCACACAGGGGAGAAGCCAUUUAAAUGCAUGCAAUGUGGAAAGAGUUUUGGCAGCCGUUCACAACUUACAUCACACAAGAGAACUCACAUGGGGUAA